UACUUCGAAGAUGCUAAAAUACUAUAAAAUAUAUAUAUAAAAUAAAAUUAUUUUGGAUUUAUUUGGGAUUUUUUUAAAUCACAACAUAAUUCCCAUAAUUCCUUGGGUGUUACUCCAGAGUUCUGAUGACUUUAUUAUUAUUAUUAUUCUAAAAUGUGAUGGGGGGAAUAUAAAAAUAAAGAAUGAGUGUGUAAACUUUUGGCUGGAAUUGUGUAUAUAUAUCACACACACACACACACACACACACACACACACACACACACACUGGACUAAAACGUCCAAAUCUUUCCUGUUUCCCGCGACGCGACUUUGAAUCUUUGCUUCUCCAUAAAUAAUGGCACCCUUUAAUCAAAAUGCAGAUUGAACUAUCACAGCCGGGUUGCAUGUCUGUAACUUUAAGCGAGUCUUACUGCCCCAAGCGGGCUCUCUGAACGCCCACGUCAGCACACUCGGGUUUUUUUUUGUUUUUUUUUUCUAUCCCUCCCUCCUCCCGCACAACCGGGUUUCGGUCUUUCGGGCUGAGCAGGAAGCGAUCGGUGGGGGGAGGAAAAAUAAUAAUAAAACUACUACUACUACCACCACCAGCGAAGAAAAUGGAGAUGGUGUGUGAGAACGGCCCGCGCCGACCGUACAGGACACCGAGCGAGGCGGAUCGGCAGUGAGUAGCGGAGUUGUUUUAUGUGUAUCGGGGAUGUUAGACGGAAGCGGGUGGGCGACGGGACGGGCUCUGAGGUCGCCGCGCUAUUGCGCAUUCCGUGCGUAAACACGGUGCGCCCACGGCUCCGUCCGCAACCACCAGGGGAGGUUUUUUUUUUUUUUUUUUUUUUUUUUUUUGGGGCGGUUUAGUUUAUAAUCCGUGAUGUAGACGUCUAAAGCGUGCACGUGUUAAUUAUAUUCCUCUACAGAUAGAUGAAUUGCCAAAAGCAUGGUGCAUUUUUUCCUCCUAAAGGGCGAGGUCGGAUGGGUUCUGCUUGCCCGCUCGUGCGGCGGUUCUACACCUCGUAUUCGUGCGUUAUUUGCGUGUAUUGCGGGUGUAGUGAAAUCCUACGGAUGCACGGGCUCGCCUACUUCACAACACACCACGGACCGACUUCAUAUCCUCCUCGACAUUAUUGUAAAAAAAAAAAAAAAAAAAAAAAACAUCCAUCACUCCUUUUUUUCUUUCUUUCUUUCAUUCAUUCUUUAAACAUCCUCUUUCUAAAUAAAUAAACAAACAAAGCAAACGAUAUUUGUCUUGAUCAACUUCAACGCGGACUUUCUCGCCUUUCUCUGCUUUUUGAGACGCGACCCGACUCGGGUGUAGCCCCCGCCCUCUUCUCCCGUGCCAGCGUUUGACUGACAGGCGCUCCAGCCAAUCAGCGUGCGCGCUGCGUUCUCGGCUCCUCCUUUCUUUCUCCGCGGAACAAAGGAUGGCCUGGGAGUGUUAUUUGGAGAGGAUAACCCAGAAAGGAAGCGCUCUCUUACGUGAACGGAUGAGGAACGUAUCUCCGCCGGUGCACAGAUGGACGAGCGCCGACAUGUCUGCCAACCACCACAGUUGCCUCCUGAAGCAGUUGGACCAGCAGCGACGCCAGGAGCUGUUCUGCGACUGCAACGUACUGGUCGGUGGACGCCUUUUCCGGGCGCAUCGAAACGUCCUAUUCGGGAGCAGCGGCUACUUCCGAAUGCUGCUGUCUCAGGGUGCGCGGGACAGCCUGGAACCUGCCAGGGCCUCGUUCGACGCCUUCAGCCCCGACACCUUCGCCACCAUCCUAGACUUCGUGUACUCGGGUCACCUGGCUCUGGGCAGCGGCAACGUGAUCGAGGUGAUGUCCGCUGCCAGCUACCUGCAGAUGGACAACGUCAUCGCCUACUGCAAGGCCUUCAUCGAGUCCUCGCUGGAAAUCAGCGCCAAGGAGGCGACCGAGGACGCCCUGCCUCCUCAGAGUGUCCUGUGGGAGCACCAGGACGACGGCAAGGACGACGACGAGUACGAGGCGGAGGUGACGAACGAGCAGAGCCUGCAGUGCCAGACGGUUCUGGAGGCAGGCUUGAAGGAGGAGCAGGCGGAGCAGUUCGAUGGAGUCUCUGAGCCCAAGAGGAGAGGAACCAGGAAAAGAUCGGCCACUCAUCGGUACAGCCCGGAUGAGAGUUUGCCGAUCGACCUCCAGGGGGCAACGACGGGCACACAGAAAGCAGACGAGCUCUAUGCCACCCUGCCUACCAUCGUAGGAGUCGUGGGGGUUUUCAAUAAAGACUCCGCCCCCACAGUGCGCUUUAAGUGCCCGUUCUGCACACACACGGUGAAGAGGAAGGCGGAUCUGAAGAGACACCUGAGGUGCCACACGGGCGAGAGGCCGUACCCCUGCCAAGCCUGCAGUAAACGCUUCACUCGUCUCGAGCACCUGCGCAGCCACUUUGAGACAAUCCACCAGGCGCGUAAGCUGGUGUGCCGGAAGUGUAAGCGGCACGUGACGGAGCAGAACAGCCGUGUGGUGUGUGAGGGCUCACGCCGAUACCGGCUCUGUGAAGCGUGUCUGCAGGAAAGCGGCCUGGUGGCACAUGAUGGCACCGACGCUAACACGGAGGAGCCAGGUCUUCUGCUGGGGGUGGAGGAGGAACUGGAGGGCAACCGCAAUGCCUCAUGGGGGAUGGAGGAUGAGGAUGACCUUGCUGAGGAUUCAGGAACUGACCUCAUCAUUCAGGAAGUGGAUGACAGUGACGAGGAGCCCAGCGCAAAGUGACGCUAGUGUGUGUGUGUGUGUGUGUGUGCAUGUGAGAGCAAUUUGCACCAAAUUCAGCUUCACUUCUUUUAAAAACGGGCAUCUUUGAAUCAAAGAAAAAUGUUCUAUACAUGUAUAAAUUGUAUUAUUAAGAAAAGUAUGUAAAUAGUUUAUUUCAAUAUCACGGUUGGUUAAAUGACUUCCUCUUGCUUCUUAUAUCAGGAAACGAAUAAUCUUGCAACGUAAUAUUUUGGCACAAGCAGUCCGAAUUUCCUGCAUUUUCCUAUGACUUAUGAAUUCUUUUAUCUACGUUUACGUCCACUUCGCCAAAUACUUUCGCCAGUUGUAAAGAUUCCUAAUAAUCUGUGUCCAAGCGUUGUCCGAGCGCCUUUCUUUACAUCACCGUUUGAACAAUCAAGCAUCGUUUUCUCUUAAUGUUUCAUGGACAAUUUUAUGGAAAUGAAUACACUUUGCACUCCUCUAUCAAUCAUUAUUAUUAUUAUUAUUAUUAUUAUUAUUAUUAUUAUUAUUGUUAUUGUUGUUUUGUUGCUCAGUAAGACAAUGAUCGUAUCUUAUUUUUACUUUUUUAUAAAUAAAAAUACAUUUAUUAUCACAUUUGUUAUAAAGCGGAUUAAAUUGUUACUAUAGUAUGGCAGAAGUCAUUGCUCCUUUAUUUUUUUUUAAGCGCAUGCUUAGUCGUGGUUCGACUAGAAAACUAAAUUAAAAUAGAAAUACAGAAUUUUAAGAGAGACUAACAAGUUACUCGGUGUCAAACCACUGUCUAGGUCAUGUUAUGGAGAACAUUGGGAGUGACAGAACACUGAACAACAUUGGUGUGUUACGGCAGGGUGGCAAGGAGAAAGCCACUGCUCUCCGAAAAGAACGUUGCUGCCCAUGUGCAGCUUGAUAACGAUCACGUGGACAAGCCAGAAGGCCGUCAGAACUUUUCGAACUUUAAAUGAGAAGCGUUAUGUUUGGAAAAAGGAAAACACUGCAUUCCAGUAUAAGAACCUUAUCGCGUCUGUGAAACAUGGUGGUGGUAGUAUCGUUUUUUGGGGGGUUUUUUUGCCGCAUCUGGGCCAGGACGACUUGCCAUCAUUCAUGGAACAAUGAAUUCUUUCAACAGAAGACUGCUGUAUGAAACAGUGCAGUUACAUUAGCGGAAUGUAGAAAGAAUAAAUGCUAAAUAAAUAAAUAAAUCAGCUAGCAGAGCUGCC